CCUAGCUACUAUAUUCAAAAUAAACACACUUAGCUUGAUCACCAUGGCAAAGCUUUCACUUGCUGCAGCUCUUCUCUUGUGCUUGUUAGCCGUUGCAAGUGCCAACACUUUCACCGACACUACCAUUGUGACGGAGGACGAUACCGACAAUCAGGGGUCACAAAGGUGCCAAGAGCAGAUUCAGAGGCAGAGGCUGAACCACUGCAGGAUGUACCUAUCAAGAAGCCGCCAAUAUUACGGCGACGAGCUGAGCAUGGUGACAGAUGAUGAGGAGAGCAACCAAGGACAGCAGCAUCUCCAACAAUGCUGCCAGGAAUUGAGGAACAUGGACACUCAAUGCCGCUGCGAGGCACUUAGGAGAAUGGUGAUACAGCAGCGUGGCGGCCGCGGCCAAGAGGCAGAGCGCAUGUCAGAGAGAGCUCGUUACCUCCCCCGCAUGUGCAACAUCCAGCCUACUCAGUGCCGCUUCUAAUUAAGCUGAAUAAGAAUGGCGUUUAGUUUACUAGUACUAUAAUAAACACACCAUCGUGUGUCCAGAGAAUAUUUGCAGUGUCUUUGGUUUUACUCUUAUGAGAAGUUAAAUAUAUGUAAAGGCUAUGAAGUGAA